ACUAGACAAUCAAUGCGAAGACCUUUGUGUCCAUUCACGCCGUUUCGUCACCCACAAUGGAGGCUGAACUUGCAAACCUACGCCAGCAGCUUCUUGAAGAACAAUGUCGACGCCGGGAAGCUGAAGAGCUGACGAAAGCAUCACAACCACAAACACUCCAAGCUUACCUUGAGGCUUGUCACUCACUCAGCCUCGCUGUUCAGAUCGUCACUGACCGCUCCCUGACGACAAAAGGAGACACAACAAACCCGACCGGUCGAAUUUUCCCUCGACGAAUUAUCCCUUGGGAUGACUUUCCAACAGCCCAAGAGGGGAUCUGGGCUUGUCUACCACCUGGAGGCUCUUUCUCCUCCCAGGCCCUCUUUCCAUCUCAACAUCAACUCGACUAUGUUAUGUCCUUGAUCAGCCCAAUCAGCAGCGAAAUCGGGCUCCGGAACUUCGAACGCGAUACUGUUGAAAACACGGUGCAGAAGCUGAUUGAUGAGGCGUAUAAGAAUCCGCAACUGCGAGACGAUCUCGACUUACAGGGAACCGUGACCUUCGAGAGCCAUACGAACCUUGGCGAGACCGACGACAGCCUAUCCGAGGACUUGGAUCGUAUGUCCAUCGAAAGGGACGAUACUGGCCAACCACCGUCAGCUUCGAGGCCACCAAGCCGCAAGCCGCGGCGCAGGGCGAGGGGGAAGGGCAAUCGGGCGGACCAGUUCUGCAUAUAUCGUACCUCUAACGGCCGCAACAUCCCCGCCGUAGCGAUCGAGUACAAGGCGCCGCAUAAGCUGGGGCGCGACGAGGUCGUCACAGGUCUGGCGUCCGAGAUUCAACCGGAACGAGAUGUGAUCAACAAGGAUGGCUCCGGGUUCGCAUUUGCGUCAAUGGCACUAACUUCUGCCGUCGUCACACAGCUCUUCUCCUAUAUGAUUGGCAAGGGCAUCCGGUAUGGAUAUGUGUGUACAGGAGAGGUCUUGGUCUUCCUCUAUAUUCCGGAUGACCCCAGCAUCGUUUACUGCCACGUAUGCGUGCCGAACCUGGACGUAUUGGACGACGAUGAGAACAGGCUUCAUCGCACAGCCGUCGCACAGGUCUUUGCCUUCGUCAUUCAGGCCCUACGUGCAGAACCGCCCCCUCCGUCCUGGCACGACGCAGCUGCAGCUCUCGAUACUUGGGCUGUAGAAUACGACGACGUGCUGAGAAAUAUUCCCGAAUCCGUGCGCAAGGAAGCUCGCUCCUCUCCCUACAAACCACAACAGUGGAAAGGUUUCAAGCGCUCGCCAAUCCAGACACGGUCGCGCUGCAAGCAGCCUAACACUAAAGCAAGUCACCAAGACAAUAGCGACAAUGACGAAGAAGAUACCCAGCCUUCACACACUCCAAAGCGAUCCAACAAGUCUUCAGUCACAUCAUCAACGGGGGAAAGCUCAGUCGGGCAACGGGGCCAACCACGAGACUGGCAGGGAGGCCGAACGAAGCAACACAGGAUACAAGACCGCCCGUUCUGCACUUCCGAAUGCCUCCGAGGAUUGGCAUACGGCAUGCCAAUGGAUAAGGCCUGUCCAAAUUUUCAAGAUCAUGGACACCAACACAUCAAGCAAGAGCAAUUCUUCCAGCUUGUCCGCACUCAGCUGGCGCAAUACCGCGGCCGUGAUGCGGAUGCCGUGCCGCUCUACUUGUCUGGUCGGAUUGGAGCACUCUUUAAGGUGCGGUUGUCGUCCUACGGCUACACCCUUGUUGCCAAAGGUGUUGAGACAGUUGAUCUCGGCCGCCUUCAGCAUGAGAAUGACGUUUACAAUCGACUGCAGCCCAUCCAGGGGAUAUAUAUACCUAUAUGCCUCGGCAGGGUAGAUCUGGUCCUACCGUACUACUACGAUAGUGGCGUCUUUAAGCACUUUUUGUUUCUCAGCUGGGCUGGACUGCCUCUAUUCGAGACCAUCCAACAAAUUACCAAGGCCGAUAUCAUCAACAAGGUUGCCACGGCUUACAAGGCAAUCCACAGGCUGCACAUCCUUCACAGAGACGCAGAGCCGCGCAACAUUGUGUAUGAAGAAGGAAGUGGCAACGUUAUGAUUGUGGAUUUCGAGCGAGCAGAGCUCUGCGGUCGUCAACCUCUCGGCUCACUUAGCUCUAAUGCUUGGAAUCAGAGGAAGUUAGGGGGAGCUGAGAAACGACAAAAGGAUGAUUUUACAAAAGAAGAGGAGUCUGUUAUCCUGAGUGUCUCACGGCUGUUAUAAUGUAUAUAGGACGUGUGAGUAUGCAGCCGGUUGGCUGGCGGUUGUGGUGGGCAAGUAGGGCUUCAAAGGUGAAGCUUGGCAUUGGCAGCAGUAAAGGCGCUAUGGGAUUGUAUUCUCUUCUGAACAUGUCGCAGCGCCACACGUGGCGCUGCCGGUUACUGCAGUACGAUACCGCUUUCUACAAGCC